GAUCUUGGCUCGGAGGGCCGGAGCCUUUCCUCGCCAGGAAAUGUAGAGACGUUGACCGAUUCCGUCGUCGGACGAUGAUCUCUUCUUCUCCAGGAGGAAGGUUCUCCUUUUCCGCCGUUAUCGUAGUUUAUCCGAUUCUUGUGGGAGAAGUAGGCAUCGAGAUAGAGAUGGGCGAUAUUGUAUCGAUAUUUGUAAAUAUCAAUAUUAAUGAUCUAAAAUAUCGAUAUAAAACAUCGAUAAUUCAAGUACCGAUAUUUUGGUAUAUCGAUACGAGAUUUGCUUAUAUCGGUUUUCGAUACGCCUUUUAUUACAAAGACAAAUUAUUUAUUUUAUAUACAUGGCACAUGCGCCUCGAGCGUCGGCAUUAUAGUGACAAAAUGGUGGAUGUGGCCCUAAGGCCAUCUAAUGCCUACAGUUAACAUUAACGAUUAAUAUUACUGCGUUUAUUUUGAUGUUUAUUUUUAUAACCUCCUUUGGACAAAGACAAAGAGCCGGUUGUUUCAACACUUCUAACUUUUGGUGCCGCCAAAGAGUACUUUUUGGAAACACUUUAUAAAAAGUUUGGGAGGCGCAAAAUGCAAUUUGUGCCAACAAUUUAUAAAAACCAGCGGAAACACAACCAAUUUGCGAUUUCAUUUAAAACAAAAGCAUCCGGACCUUUGUAAUAUCAAAAUGACAAGCUCUUCUGAUGAGUCACAAAAACGGAAAGAAAUAUCAAGUGAAGGUGAAGAUAUUGCAUUGUAUGAAGAAGACAACGAUGAAGAAUUAACGUUGUCUCCGUCAACAAGUUCAUCAUCUACAUUUAUAAAUACACUAAAAUACAAGAGAAAACAACCGAAACUUAUAGACGCCUUUUCGAAACAAAAGUCAUUCCAAGAUGGAGGAUCUAAAGCAUCGGAAAUCACAAAUAAACUCGUAUUUAUGAUAGCAAAGGACAAUAUGCCUUUGUCUACAGUGGAGAAAGAAGGCUUUCAGAUUUUUAUAAAAUGUGUGAGUCCCUUAUACACCAUUCUAAGUAGAAAAGUGAUAACGUCUCUAAUUGAAGAAAAAUAUGUUUAUUUAUCAAAUUUGAUAAAAGAGCAAUUAUCUAAUGUAGAGGACAUAGCGCUUACGACAGACAUUUGGACUGAUGUAAAUACAAAAAGUUACCUCGGAGUAACCGCACACUAUCACAUAAAUAAUAAUAAAAAAACUGUUAUGAUAGGAGUCACUAAAUUAAAUGAUAGGCACACAUCUGAUAAUAUAAAAGAGUGGUUGCUCGAUAUAGUUGAGAAAUGGAGUAUUUCAUUGCAACGUAUAGUUGUUGUUUUUCUGAUAAUGCGUCCAACAUAA